CACAUUAAGAUAUGUUAAACUUUCAUCUCAAACAUACCCAAAAUAUAUAAAAUACAUACAAAAGCUUUUAAAGAAUGGAGGACCAGGAAAACGUUGCUGAUCUAAAACUUGAAAGGAAUAGUGAACCAGUUAUUGAAGAUCCUUCUGAAGAACAUCGAGUAAGCACUCGCUGUAGUACUGAAAAAUCCCUAGAAAGCAUCAUUGAUUGCCGCGAGAAGUCGAUUGUGGAAAAUCUUAAUGCAGACCAAGAUGCCAUUGCAAGAAUCCAAUAUCCUAGCUUAGAACAUGCUAUGCUGGACAAAUAUUUAGAUAACCAGGAUCGGGACGGAUCAUUUCGCAAGUAUUCGGUCGUUGGUGUUCAUUGGGUUUCUCUACUUACCGAAAAUGUGCUCAGCCAUCCUUUUCUAGUAUUGCGUUGGCAGUGUCAGGUUUAUAAUACUUCCAAAUGUUACCACUUACAUCCGUUUACCCUUCUGCCCAGUAUUGUCCAUUUGCACAGACGCCAGGGACUAACGACGUUAUGGAAGGGAAUAAGCAGUUGCCUCCUUGUGCGAGGAAUGUCCUGUGCCAUCGACGAUGUAAUAUCGAAAGUCACCAGUUGGCCCAAAGAAAUAGAUAGUCGAACGACCUUAAAGCGAUUCGGCCAGCAUGUCCUUUUGAAAAGUAUAAGCAUCGGGGUAGUUGCGCCAUUCCACGCCGUUUCAUUGGUGAAAACAGUGCAAAGUGACAUUGCUAGCGAAAAAACAGGUCUCUUGGAUGUUGUACGAGAAGGAGGUCUUCGUCUUUUCUAUUGGAGUUCCACGCAAAAUGGCCGUGUUUUACCAACUUGGGCAUUAAUCGGUCCCUGUGUUUCGAUUGGCAUUACAAAGUAUCUUUUUAAUUUAUUAAUCCAUGGAGUUUCCACUCGCAUGAUGCUGAGGAGGAAAUCAUUUUGGCAGGACAAUCAGGUCGUAAAGUUUUCCGAUGAUAAGCUGGAGCACCAAAAUGCUGAAAUAUACGCCGGACUUAUCGCUCUGCUCACAACGGAGGUUAUCUUUUUCCCAUUUGAAACUAUUCUACACCGAUUGCAAUUGCAAGGCACACGAACAAUAAUCGAUAAUCUGGAUAAUGGUUACUCAGUUGUCCCGAUUCUUACAGACUAUCGAGGAGUUUUCGAUUGCUAUCGAUCCACUCUUAUUUCUGAGGGUUUUUCUGGACUCUACAAGGGUUUUGGUGCCAUGAUCCUGCAAUUUGUAGCCCACGUAGCUAUACUAAAACUAGCCAAAUCGAUCUUCGAUCAAGUAUCUGAGGGCUUAUCAAAUCGACCUAAAAAACAAAGAGGACAGCCGUAUAACCUGGAUUGCAAUAAGAGUUCAACUACAUUAUCUCCAAGCAUUUCUAGUACUGAAUUGGAAGUGACCAGUCUCGGAAUAUUUUCUCUGGAUUAGUCAAAUCAAAAUAGGUUUAAUUACAAAAAUUAUCUAUAUUGAAAAGAACAAAAAUAUUUGAUUAGAUUACGUUUAUAUUAGCAUGAGAUCUAAUUUCAGAUUAGAUGAGAUCCAAUUUUCAGAUUUCAGACAAUGUAAUUAUUUCAACUGAAUAUUGUUUAAUAAACUUGC